GGAGCUCAGAAGCAUGUCCAGGAAGCCCAGGCUUACCUACUUGAAUGGAAGGGGGCGAAUGGAGCCUGUACGAUGGCUGCUGGCAGCAGCUGGUGUGGAGUUUGAAGAAAUUUUUUUGGAAACAAGAGAGCAGUAUGAAAAGUUAAUCAAAGAUGGAGUUCUGAUGUUCCAGCAAGUGCCCCUGGUUGAGAUCGAUGGGAUGAAGAUGGUGCAGACCAGAGCCAUCCUCAGCUACAUAGCAGGGAAAUACAAUCUCUAUGGGAAAGACUUGAAGGAGAGAGCCCUGAUUGACAUGUAUGUAGAAGGAAUAGCAGAUCUGAUGCAAAUGAUUUUGGUUUUUCCUUUCUCCCCACCGGAGGCAAAGGAUAAAAAUCUUGACUCAAUUAAGGAGAGGGCAAUUAACAGGUACUUCCCCGUCUUUGAAAAGGUUUUGAAACAGCAUGGCCAAGACUUUCUCGUGGGCAACAAAUUCAGCUGGGCAGAUGUUCAGUUACUUGAAGCCAUUUUAGCAGUGGAGGAGAAAGUACCUGCUGUGCUGUCCGGGUUUCCUCAGUUGCAGGCUUUUAAAAUAAAAAUGAGCAAUAUGCCUACAAUUAAGAAGUUCCUGCAGCCUGGCAGCCCAAAGAAACCCCCACCAGAUGACUUUUAUGUAGAAAAAGUGUUCAAGAUUUUUAAGAAGUGAGUGCCUUGCUACCUUC